CGGCCGCCGGCCCCGGCCCGCUCGCACCGUGAGCCCCGGGCCAGGGGCUGCAGCUAGCGCAGCGCCUUCCGGGAGGCGGGGAGGGGGGGAAGGAGGCAAGCAAGGCCCGGGAAAAAAAAAAGAAAGAAAAGAAGAGGAGGAGGAGGACCCGUUUGCCCACCUUCUGGAAGACUUGAUGCUCUUCCCUUGGUCCGGGAGUGACAUGAUCCUCUGCGUUCAGGGACCUCAUCCUUCGCUGGUGGACGAGAAGAUCAGGAGACUGUCACUCAGGGGCAUUGCAGUGGAUUUGUCAGAGCAAAUCAUGCAGCCUCUCCCAGUAACAGCCUUCCAGGAAGAGCCUGCACCUGCCUUUGCAGUGCCUCUUCCAGACAGCAACCCACCUCAGACACGAGACCCUGAAGAAGACCUUCUCUGCAUUGCAAAAACCUUCUCCUAUCUGCGAGAAUCUGGUUGGUACUGGGGAUCUAUCACUGCCAGUGAGGCCAAGCAGCAUCUCCAAAAGAUGCCUGAGGGCACCUUUCUGGUACGGGACAGCACCCACCCCAGCUAUCUGUUCACACUCUCUGUCAAGACAAAUCGAGGUCCCACGAAUGUGCGCAUUGAAUACACUGACAGCAAGUUCCGGCUGGACUCAAACUACUUGUCCAAACCUCGCAUCCUGGCCUUCCCAGAUGUGGUCAGUCUCAUCCAGCAUUAUGUCAUGUCCUGCACAAUGGAAAGCAAGAACGAGGCUCCUUACCCACCUCCGUCUCCUCUACCUCCCAUGCAGAAAGAGAUGGCAGCAGCCGCAGUACACUUGAAACUCAUCCGGCCGCUCAGCCGCAAAGACAGCAUCCCCACUCUGCAACACCUCUGCCGGCUACGGAUUAACAAGUCAACAGCUGAAGUGGACCAGCUCCCUCUGCCCAGGCGGAUGGGGGACUAUUUGAAGCAAUACCCUUUCCAACUCUGAGGCAUGGCCGUUAUGUCUCAGGCACGACAGUCAGAGGGACAGAAGUAAGAGAACUUUGAUGUGUUUUUGUCCCGCUAAAGCGCGGCAUCAGCUGGACACAGUAAAGACCUGAUUAAGAGAUUGCAUCCAUCUUUCCUCUCCCUUUCUCUCUAAAUCCAUUCCAGCACCAGGGAGUAGUUGGUUGUUUCGGUGAACAGUGGGACACAAUCUGAGCUCUGAACCUCAGGCCGCGCCAGUAGUGGCUGUGAGAAAGUGCUAUAGGCAUGUGCACACUACUUGAAUUUCAGAGUCGCUGUGACACCAGAAAUGUUAACAUUGUUAUUUUUGCUAUUUAUUUCCAUGGCAGUUUCUCUCCUCAUGGUAUUUUAAAAGCAUCUUUUACUGGUUUUUGUUUCUUUUUCUUUUGUGGAAUUAGAGGUAGAAUAAAGGCUCCCAGCCAAACGGCAGCCAAAAAUCUGUGGGAAUUUGGACUUGGUUUCACAUCCAAACAGCACUUGCUUGAACCUAUCCCCAUAAUGGGUUGCACAAGAGUCCACAUCCAAGCUCCCCCAGACUUCUGGGGUAGUUGGGAUGCAGACAACAGCAUCUGGGCCCACCUCUACAGUGCAUAGGAUAUUUUCUGUUUUCCUUGGUUAUAUGGGGGCUGGGCAUUGUAACCUCAAAGUGCAUAGGUAGCAGCUUGUACAUCUCCCAGAGAUGCUUGCUGUGCCACAGGUACUGGAUUGGAGACUUUUUGGAAGGAGCCCUUCCUUCUUGACAGCUCAAAUCAGAGAUUCUGGAUAUUGAGCUUGGGCCAAGGAGCACUCAUCCAAUUUUUUUCCAUCCUCCUUGUCUCAAAAGGAACUUCGUGGUAAAACCUUUACAACCAAGUAAUCAGAAAACUGACUUUACUUGCAGCCAGAGGAAUUUGGUCUGAGAGCACUUUGUAUUUGGCUUGUGUUUUCAAAGUGCUGUUCUCUGACAUUGCCAUUGCCUUGCGAGAUGCAGGGUAGGAACGAUGUCUCCUUGACUGGGGUUCAGAGACCGCUCUACUGAGCUGCACCAGUGACACACAGCUUCAGCAUAUUUAUUUAUUUAUUUCUGGGGGGAUAAGAAAUUACAAGCACCUCAGUAGGAAGAGCUGCUCUUUCUCUCUAAUAGUUUCAAACUGCUAGUUGCUCUGCUUCUACCAGUACUAUUCACAAGCCAUAUGGCUUCAACCAAAACUAAGUUCUAGCACACACUGGGAAUCACAAUUUAGCUUUUUUCUCUUUGCCAAGGUCCAGACCUCUCUUCUCUCUUUCUCAGACUUACACGUUUGUUAUUCUCAAUUAGAUUUUUGCUGUGGGUUUACUUCUCACACCCUAUUCCUUCCACGCCCCCUGCAAACAAGUACAGCAGAGCUCCCCUGCUCUUUUGAGAACAGAAAAGACAAUGAGCAAAUGGUAUCUGUGAAAAAAAAUAGCAAGCAUAGACAGAGAGGUUGCUCCUUCCUCUUCAUUCACAGGAUCCCAUCACCUCCUCUGCCUGUAGGAGCCAGUCCGUGCCACUGAGGGAUGGGAACAGAUAGGUCUAAGGAAAUUAUCCUUUGGCUUCUUCUCUUGCCCUUAGGACCCCACAACUUUAGCAUGCAUGAACCAACUUAAGUUCAUCCCUCUCUGGAUCUGUCUCUCUAAGGCUCUGUGAGUUAAAGAAAACAAAUUAGCUACACCUGAGAGCUGAGAGAGGCAGAGGGAAAAAGAUGGGACAGUGACCCCAAGAUACCAGCUCAAAACAUAGUGGAGUUUAUCUUCCACCCUCAGUUACAGCUGCCCAAAGGGACAAUAUGGCCUGAUGUGUUUAGUCAGUGUCCUUUUUUUUCACAUUUAUACAAGUUUGUGGUCUUGCAAGCUUUGCAAGCUUUGUUUUUGAUACUUUGAUGAUUGACAGCGUACAUGUGUGAUGUCAGGUUUGCUUUUUACCAUAUCCUUUCCCCUUGCUCUAUACUGUAGCAACUGUGGGAAGGUACCAAAUGAGAAUGAAAAAUUAAAAGACUUAAAAAAAAAAAAAAAAAAAAAAAAAAAAAAAAAAAAGAAUAUAAAACAAAACCACUGAAAAGGCUUCCUUUUAUCCAAACACCUCUGUCUCCCUGAGGACACUGGGAACAAGGAAACUACAGCUCUUUGAGGAGCAACAGUGAUCUCAGGAAGCUCACAUGGCUCGGCCACAGGCUUGGUAUCUACAGCACAUGAAGACUCAGUCAGUUUGAGAAAUACGCAUCAGGAAAGGGCAAGUUGUUCAGCUGUGUGAAACUUCCCUCCUACCUGAUCUUUUCUCUGUUGGAGGUAAUGAGGAAAUCAAACUUGCGGGUUUGAACUCCUUGCCCCGAGAGAGCUUGGAUGGCAGACGUGUGUAAGGAGAACGAACGCGUGGGUAAUCCAGCAGUAGGACGAUGCAAAGGCUAGGCUGAAGGCUGUAAGCUCACAUGGGCAGGGACCAUCUCUGUUGUACGUUUGUACCGCAUCUAGCACAAUAGUGUUCUCCAGGUGCUACUGCAAUACAAAGAAUGGAUAAUACAGUUACUCCAAAAGUCAGUUUCUUCUAUCUUGAGACAGUUUGUUAAAAUCAUUUGUCUUGGAUUUUAAAUAAACAUUUUAAAUACA